AUGCCCUCUAGUUUGGAUUAUAGAGAUAAAGAGAGGCAGAGAAAACGAGAAAGUAGGCGGCAACCAAGCCAAGCUCAAGAGAGAGAGAGCGACAGAGAGCUAGAGAAACAGUGGAGAAAGGAGGCGAAACUGGUCUGACGAGCAACGGGAGAGGGAGCAAGAAAGAAACAGAGAAAGGAGGCGCAAUUUUACUGACAAGCAACGGGAGAAAGAGCAGGAAAGGGAUAGAGAAAGGAGGCGCAAUUUUACUGAUGAGCAACGGGAGAGAGAACAAGAAAGGGAUAGAGAAAGGAGGCGCAAUUUUACUGAUGAGCAACGGGAGAGAGAACAGGAAAGGGACAGAGAAAGGAGGAAACAUUUUACUGAGGAGCAACGCGAGAGAGAGCAAGAGAGAAACAGAGAAAGGAGGCAAAAUUUUACUGACGAACAACUGGAGAAUGAACGAGAGAGAGCAAGAGAAAAUAGACGCCUAAUAAGCGACGAGCGGCGACGAAGGGAGCGAGAGACAGCAAGGGAAAACAGGCGUCGUCUAAACGAAAACGAACGAGAAGGAGGAGAAGGUGAGCGAAUUUUUGCCGAGGUUAGCUUUCUGUUAUAUGAAUCGGGGAUUUUACGAAAACAGAGGUAGCUUUUGUUUUGUUUGUUAAUCAAUAACCUCUUUGUAAUUGCAUCAGUUUUUUUGGACCAAUCACCACACGUCAUUUGUUGUCACGCAGUCUAGAGUUGAUACCUUUUAUCAUCCAUUGAAGUUGACCUGUGUCCUCCAAGUUCGUUGAAGAGAAACGAUAUGAUUGAAAUUUCACAGACAGUCGCGUCCAAGAUAAAAUUAUAGAGUAACCUUAUAAUUCGUGCUCCUCGGUGUAUUUUCGUUGUUUCUGGCGCGGAAAAUAAGGUAAUCUUAACUUGUAUUAAUGAAAUUUUAUCGAAAAUUAUAACCAUUGCCAUGUGUCCGAUGCAUCGCUGAAUAAAUGAUAACUCCUUAUGUAAAUUUUAGGCGACUCUGGCCUCUGUGACAAGUUAAAAUGAUUCAGUGUUAGAGGAUUGUAAAUUAUACGGUCUGUGAAAGCGUUGUUAUGUUUUCUGAAAAGAGAGCAGAGAGCACCUUGAAUUUGAAGAUUUUCAAUGUCUGUUGAAAGAGCGUUUUGGUGCAGAUUGUUCGAGCUUACCUCUAUUUGUUUUAUUCAGGGUAAACAGAAUUUGAAGGAUCUAUUCUCCCUCUUGUAAUUGAAAUAACUUUUAUUAUUUUACUAUAAAUCUAGGCUUUUCCAUUUUGUAGAUACCUAUCUUCGAGUGUUUAAGAAUAUAUAUGGAGAUCUAUGUAAAUAAGGAGGGCAGCCAGGGUUAGAAAUUAUUUUUGAAUGUUGACAGGCCAAACAAAUUUAAGCUCGGUCAUGUCUAGUUACUAACCGGUCAAAAUAAAUUAUUACCUGCCAAACAAAUUUUAGCUCGGUCAUGUCUAGUUACUAACCGGUCAAAAUAAAUUAUUACCUGCCAAACAAAUUUUAGCUCGGACCGGUCAAAAGACAGUAAAAACUCGUGGGUAAGAACCUGGAUUUUCCCAUUGCAUUAACAGGUACGUUCUUACAAAAAUAGUUAUUGGCAAAAAAUUUGUCUAUUUUUCUAAAAUGAAAAGGUUCUUAUUUUCUGAAGGAAAAAAACAUUGCGGCUUAUGUCUCCCAAAGAGGUUCACCUGAAUAUUUUCCAGGUGUAUAGAAUUUUUUUUAUAGAUCUGAGAAAAUAAAGAUGUGUGUCAAAUAUUGGGCUAAACAGGUUCUUGUAUAGAGGGGGCCUAAUUAUAACUGGCAAGUUUAGCCUAACAGGUUCCUAAAAACCAGGUUCUUAGUCACAGCUAGGUUUUUACUGUAUUGAAGACAUUGUACUUUGCAGUAAUAGCCAAAUUAAGACAAAAAUUAUGUGAUCAUAAAUGCUCAAAAACUCCUUGUGUUGAGAGAUGGGGAAAUAUUAUAAACCAGUUUUGAGUGUGGUUAUCAAGUUGUUCAUUCAUUGGAGGGUACAGUGUAGUAAACAAUAUUUCCAGGAAUAUUGUCAAGCUCAGCUCGUUUAUUCUUAAAAACAAUUCCCCAUAAGAGUUAAACCAGAAAUCACAACUUUUGGCUCAGUAUUGUUCUGACAUGUUUUCUUUGAACAAUAGGUGUAUGAAGGGGUGAGGGAAAAUUCUUGCCCAACUAAAGAUUUUAUCUUAUCUUCUUAGCCAUGGAAGAACAUGAAAGUCAGGUCCUCCAGGUUGAAUGUAGCAUGGAAUGCUCUCUGCUUGGUGAACAAGAGCAAAGUCACUCAGCAGGUACUGAUAUAGUUCAUGGUAGAUGGUAUUUAUUAUAGAAUUGCAUAAUUGAGUAAAAUCACGCAUUCUGAUUGGUUAACGAAGAGAGGUAUUCAGUGUGGAAUUGCGAGUUGAAAAUGAGGCUAAGGGAUGUUUUUUGGCAUCUACGUAACAACUAUCGUCAAAUAUUGUAACACAACAACUGCAAAAAAGGUUUUCUACAAUGUCAUUUUAAAAUGUUUUCAAAAUCAUUGUCACCUUUUGUAUAUCCUUUCUUAACAUACUGUAAUGUCGCCUGGUCCUCCACCUACUGUUCCAACCUAAACUGUAUUUACCUUUUGCAAAAGCGUCUAGCGCGGCUCAUAACAAAAGCUCACUAUCUAGCAAAUACCACCCCUUUGUUUAGCCAGCUUAAAGUCCUUGACAUAUUUAGUAUUAAUUCAUUUUCUGUCACUACUUUUAUGUAUUCUUAUCACCAUAAUCUUUUGCCUAGUAGCUUUCGUGACUUGUUCUUAAGUAGUAAUCAAGUCCAUCAAUACCAAAAUUCAACUGGCCUCUCAGUAUAGACCUCAUUUUUGUAGAUCAAAUAUAAAGCAAUUCAGCAUCCUUUACUGAGGACCUAAAAUCUGGAAUUCGUUGCCUGUUUCACUAAUUAGCUCUCCUUCUACAUUUGUUGUUAAAAAAAUUUAAAGAGUUAUCUCACUGAUAGCCGAUCUGUCGCUUAAUUUUCUGAUCUUGCUCACUCUGUACUCAGCCAUGAAUUUAGUUCUCUAGGUAGUUGAAGGAAGCCUAUUAAUAUAAGCUUCAAGCUUCGUUAGACUUCCUUGUCACAUUAAUUUUAUAAUUUAAUUACCCCCCUUUGUUUAUGUUGUAUAAGGUUUUGUGAGUGACUAAAUAAAUAAAUAGUUAAAAACAAACAAAAGCAUUUUUUAAAGUGAUCCGGAGGUUCUUCCUUGUUUUGAACUAAACUACAAAUUCUUGGAGAGGUAUAAAAAACCCCUUUCGCUAGUGACAAUGAGAAAACAAGAAAAUCCUGUGAACACAGCCCAGAAAAUGGCAAGCCAAAUUCAAACAAACAAAACCGAGAAGCGACAAUGGAGGAAGUGCCAGGGUCAAUUGUCACAUAUACAGAAGAAGAAAUGAAUACCUUCAAAGAUCACAUUGUCCCUGAAAACAUGAAAAAGAGUGCGCCACUUGCAUUCAUCCUGAAUCGUGGUACUUAGAAAAGUACAAAACAGAGCUGAACUUGAACAGCAUUUUAAAAACAUUUCAAGGUACUUACCUUAUAUCAAUCGCAACGUUAAACUUUCAGUGCUUUGCCUUGGACACUUCAUUUCUUUCAGUUUUGCUACCGAAGAGGUAAAAGGUGUAAAUUAUUUUCCUUCGCGAGCAAAUGACCAAUUUGAAAAAGGAUGUUAUAGAUAACCGGCUUGUAAAUUCAGUGAAAUACCUCUAUUUAUCCUUACAAGUAGUGUGAAGCUUGUUCAUGUGUAAAAAAGUUUGAAAACAAAUGUAAAAACAAGCACAAGGUACAAAAAAAGUUGUCAAAGGUUCAAACGUGUAUGACUGACCUUGCUUCCUAUUCGCUAACACAAUGACAGGUUUGACAUUUGACUUUGAAAUAGCUUUCUGGGGCGCGCGCCCAGGAUAAAAACAAACAAUAUUAUUGGUGUUUUCUUUUUUUUUCUGAUUUUUAUUUGAUUAUGCAAUUCAAGGAAAAUCCAUUACCUGACUCAUGAAUUCCACGUUAAAUUGCACUUGAAAACCGAUAUCGGUUUUCGUGUGCAAUUUAACGUGGAAUUCCCUCGUCAGGUAAUGAAUUUUCCAAUAAAACUUAAUAAUAUACAAGGAAAAAAAUUUCUUGAAUCAGAUUGGCUUAGAGCAGUGCAGUCUUUAGUAAACACAGUACAAAAACAAGGAAACAUAAUGCAAAAAUAAGGAAAUAAAGUGCAAAUUUCUCAGAGAAUGAAAACCUGUGAUUGGCUAAUAAACAAUCAGUGUUCUCCAGAAGCGCGGGCAACUGGCAGUAUCACUGGGAACUCUUUUCCAAAGUGCCAGCUACUCUUAUGAGUCAAAACAUAAAAAAAAACUGUCUGUAACUUUUAUCUUGAAUUUUUCGUAAGUUCCAUUUUUUUCCGCGAAGGAUAAAACAGCACCCGAAGCAAAUCGUGUUAAUUCAUUUCUUAGAAUACUAGAACAUGCAAUUUCAUCGGGAAAAUAACAAACAAACAAAAAAGCCACAAGAGCUUGUUUGAAAGUUUAUCGAAAAACACAUGAAAAUACAUGGAACUAAAGUGCCUUGAACAGCUACAAAAGAAGACAGGUGUUGUUUAUUCAUGGUUGCGAAGCCACUCGCUGAGGCACUUGCCGAUAGAUAACUGUGGCUUGUUUAUCCGACAUGAAGAAUAUAAAUCACAAGCAACCAGAAUACAGGCUAUGCAGCCAUUCACUACAGCAAUCGAGGUGUCAGUAAAGCUUCUUUUCUUGUUCAGCAAAACCAGCUUGUGGCUUCAAACAACGCCACAACAAGCGACCAAGGUAAUAGUUUUUCUCCGUUGUUCUUACUUUUGUAACUGCUCCAAAAAUCCAAAUUCACAGUAAUUUUGAUGGCUGUUAAGAAUUAUUUUUCUUCACAUUAUCUGCCAGGUUUUUUUAGCUGUCCCGCUGUGUAAAAUCCUAGAAUCUCGAUGAGUUUUUAAAAGUGUUCAUCUUUACAAUGUUUUGAUUUUUCAUUCAUCCAGUCCAGGCGAGCCGGUUCACGCGUUGACAGUUCUGAUAGACAUGUGACAUGUGAAUAGCGGAACUCCCUUGUCUUUUCUGGUUUGUUCUAACAAGAUUCAAAGGGAUUUUGUGGGCGUUUUUAAUAAAAUAAUUAUUCCACUUGCGCUUGUUGGAUGAGAUGAUUAUUGCCAACUCGGCGUUAUGCGUCUCGUUGGCUAUUUACCAUCUCAUAUCCAACGUGCCCUCGUGGAAUAAUUGUUAAUUAUAAAAUAACUAAGAUAGUACGUGCAUUCUGUCUGAUUGGUUAAAAACCAAUAGUUUAUUGUUCCGGUAAAAUCAUAGAAAACUGAAACAUGCUUUAAGGUUAUUUUAUAAAAGUAAAAGACCACAUUUUCUAAAGGUUUGCUGGUGUGAUAACCCACUUGGGAUGUUGGGAGAAGAGUGGAAAAGCUUGUAAACCACCAGCUUAACUACUCAGAUCUCUGGGCCUCAUGCCCCCAAACCCCCCCUUAGAUACGGUACUCUCGCUUUACCAGCACUUGGUGUCAGGCACCAGUUACUUUUCAUUGGGAGCUGGCUACUCUAAAACUUCUGGAGAACACUGAACAAUAGAAAUAUAUAAGAACCAAUGAGCCUCAGGUGUCACAAUCUGCUUGUUUAUCUUCUUAGCCAUGGAGGAACAUGAAAGUCAGGUCCUCCAGGUUGAAUGUAGCAUGGAAUGCUCUCUGCUUGGUGAACAAGAGCAAAGUCAAUCAGCAGGUACUGAUAUAGUUCAUGGUAGAUGGUAUUUAUUAUAAAACUUAAUAAUAUACAUGGAAAAAUUUCUUUAAUGAGAUUGGCUUAGAGCAGUGCAGUUUUUAGUAAACACAGUAAAAAAAACAAGGAAACAUAAUGCAAAAAUAAGGAAAUAAAGUGCAAAUUUCUCAGAGAAUGAAAACCUGUGAACAAUCAGUGUUCUCCAGAAGCGCAGGCGACUGGUGGUUUCGCUGGCUACUCUUAUGACUCAAAACAGUAAAAAAAAACUGUCUGUACCUUUUAUCUUGAAUUUUUCAGAAGGUCCUAAAAGAAACAAAAACAAUAACUUGUCGUACAAAAAGCUCUUUGGUGUAUGACAAUUUGCCUUUUGCUAAUGGUAUUAUCGAUAUAUUUACUGAAUGAUUUUUGAUGAGACAUUGCCAGAUAAUAUUUUUAAUUAUAAAAUUACUAAGAUAGUACAUGCAUUCUGAUUGGUUAAAAACCAAUAGUUUAUUGUGCUGGUAAUCUCAUAGUAAACUGAAACAUGCUUUAAAGUUAUUUUAUAAAAGUAAAAGACCACAUUUUCUAUGGAUUUACCAGCAUGAUAACUCACUUGGUUCUUGGGAGAACUCUGGAAAAGCUUGUAAAUCACGAGCAAAACUUCUCAGAUCUCUGGGCUUAAUGCCCCCAAACCCCUCCCUUAGAUACAGUACUCUCGCUUUAUCAGUGCUUGGUGUCAGGCACCAGUUUCUUUGCUUUGGGAGCUGGCUACUCUAAAACUUCUGGAUAACACUGAACAAUAGAAAUAUAUAAGAACCAAUCAGCCUCAGGUGUCACAAUCUGCUUGCCCAACUUAUUAAGAUUAUAUCUUAUCUUCUUAGCCAUAGAAGAACAUGAAAGUGAAGUCCUCCAACUUGAAUGUAGCAUGGAAAGCUCUCUGCCAGGUGAACAAGAGCAAAGUCAUUCAGCAGGUACUGAUAUACCGGUAGUUGUUUAUGGUAGAUGGUAUUUUAUUAUGAAAGUUAAUAAUAUACAUGAAAAAAUUUCUCUGUGAAUUUGAUUGGCUUAGAGCAGUGUACUUUUUAGUAAACACAAUGCAAAAACAAGGAAACAUAAUGCAAAAAGAAAGAAAUAUAAUGCAAAUUUAUCAGAGAAUGAAAAACUGUGAUUGGGCUAAUAAACAAUAGAAAUUUAUCAGAACUAAUUAAGUGCCACAAUUUGCUGGUGGGAAGCAUGUAUACUUUUAAAACUUCCCCCUUUUUGGUGUAAUUAAUUAUGCUCUGUUGUCUUACCUAAGUAAUCUUUCCUUUUUCUUGUAACACUUUUUUUUCUCAAUAUUUUAUUUUAUGAAUUUACCUGAUUAUUUUUAUUUAUUUAUUCAUUGUGGGUUGUUUUGUUUUCAUUUUUGUAACCAAGAUUUUGAAAUAAAUAAAGGUGUGGGUGGGCGUGUGUGUGUAACAAAUAAGAAUGUUAAAACUUUCAUAUAUAUAUUUUUUACAUGGACUCAAAAGAGCAGCUAUAUAAUCAGUGAUUUUGUUACCUCUGCAUUCUAUCUAUGUUCCUGACGCAUAAAAAUCGCCAAAGACAUAAAAUAAUUCAUGGAUAUAUCGAUCUGAACGUGUGUAUUUGUAGAAAUAUCCCGUACGUGUAAUUUCUGUGGCAGUUAUGGUUGUUGUUUAGUGAUGCAUAUUUGUUUUAGCCUUUGUUGACUUCUGCUUUAAAAUAGAAGAACUAUAUUUUAAUUUCAGUAUACUAUAAUACAGAGUUUUGGAGUGUGUCUUCAGAUUAACUGUCUGCGGCUGGUACAUAAAGGCCCAAACAUUUUCCAUUUUGGACUCAUUUUUUUUAACUGGGACUCAUUGGUUCUGGACUGGGACUCAUGAUUUCUCACAAGGUGAGUCCCAGAAUUCAUCAUAUUUAUUUGUAACAAAAACACUGUAUAAUUCAUUGAUUAGACCUGUUGUCGUGUAAUAUAAGUGUUGUUGUUGUGGUAAACAUGACAAGUCAUCAUGUCUGUACUUAAUUCUCCAUGACUGGAUUGUAGGAUUUUUGUUCUGUUUGUAUUUGAUCGUGCAUUAUUAUUAUGGGAAAACUUACCUUAGGGUUGUAUUACUUUGACUAGAACAAAGUUAAAAUACAUUGAAUUCUCAUAGAGAUAAUUAUUUUUUGGAUUAUAAUAGUGAGUUCAUUGGUUGGGUCACUCCCAUUAUAUUUGAUGACUGAUUUAUGAAAUAUCAGCACUUAGAAAAUGAUUGUCAAGGUUGUUGUAUUAUCUGAAGUUUCAAAAGUAGAAAUAUUGUGUAUUUUCUAUUUGAAAUCAGGUUUUGAGAACGCUUCCACAGAUACAGCUUUAUAAUAGUAAUUCUUGUACAGUUAUACAAGCAUGCAGUACUAGGGUGCGAAGAAAAGGAGGUCAGUUUUGUGCUUGUCCUUCGGGAAGACUGUAGCUUGCAUCUGUUAGCCCAAGAAUCACAACUCUAUUAUCCCUCAGGCAAGAUAAAAAAUAGAAUCCACUAGCCCCAUAGCUUAUAUGAAUUGUGUAGUUGGUUAAUACAAAUAAUUCAUUUACUAGGAGAAGAGUUGGAACGACACACUCCUGCAGUAGAAAAUGGCCCAAUUGAGGGAGCAAGCAACGUGCAGGAAUCACAGCAACCUCUUCCAGAAGUAAAUAAUAGUAGCCACUUAGAAGAUGACCACCUAAUUGCUAGAGCAAGGGUAGUUGGUGUGGACUAUGAGUUUGCAAAACAUGAUACCCCCGCCCUUUUGAGCGGCUAA